AUGGCGUUUGUAUUGAAUCGAACAUUGGGUCCGAUUGUAUCUCGACGACUCUUACAACGAGCCAUAACGAAUGCUACAAGUGAACAACAAUAUCGUUUUCGAUCUCGUUUACCAUUUAAUACAGUUGUUCUAUUCGUACCACAACAAGAAGCAUGGGUUGUAGAACGUAUGGGUAAAUUUUAUAAAACAUUAACUCCUGGUUUAAAUAUUCUAUUACCAGUUAUCGAUAACAUUCGUUAUGUUCAAAGUCUAAAAGAAAUUGCAAUUGAAAUUCCAAGUCAAACAGCUAUUUCAAAAGACAAUGUUACAUUGAGUAUUGAUGGUGUCUUAUAUCUUAAAGUUUUCGAUCCUUAUUUGGCUAGUUAUGGUGUAGAAGAUGCUGAAUUUGCUGUGACACAACUUGCCCAAACAACGAUGCGUUCAGAAAUUGGUAAAAUUUCACUAGAUACAUUAUUUCGAGAGAGAGAAUUACUUAAUACUGGUAUUGUUGAGGCUAUUAAUAAAGCUGCUAAAGCUUGGGGUAUUGAUUGUUUAAGAUACGAAAUUCGAGAUAUUCGUUUACCACCCAAAGUUCAAGAAGCUAUGCAAAUGCAAGUCGAAGCUGAAAGACGUAAACGAGCAACAAUUUUAGAGAGUGAAGGUGUUCGUGAAGCUCAAAUUAAUAAAGCUGAAGGUACAAAAAGAGCAACAGUCUUAGCUAGUGAAGGUUUUAAACUUGAGCAAAUUAAUAAUGCAACCGGUGAAGCUGAAGCUAUACGUGCUAGAGCUAAUGCACGUGCUGAAGCACUUCAAACUGUUUCAAAUCAACUUCAAUCUGAGCAAGGACGUAAUGCUGCUUCAUUACAAAUUGCUGAACAAUAUGUUCAUGCAUUUUCUAAACUUGCUAAAACCAAUAAUACAAUACUUUUACCAAGCAAUACCGGUGAUAUGUCAUCGAUGAUUGCAUCAGCAUUAUCUAUUUAUAGUAAUCUUCAACCAAAAGAUCGACAAGGUUUUCUUUCCCAAUCAACGACCCAAACGUCUUCUUCAUCUACUCCUGCAAUUGAAUCAUCUCCUUCUCAUUUCGAUUCAAAAUCGACUGGUGAUAAACCAGUAUUACAACGUACUAAAAAAGCAAUGACUGAUAAGGAUACACAAUAG